AUGGCCAAGAUGGCAGCCUCCAUGGCGGAGAGUGGAGAAGAUGCAUUUAGAAAAAUGUUCAAGUUUUACAAGAGAAGAAACCCUCCGCCAGAUUUCAGCGAUGUCAUUGACUUCUCCAAAUGUGCAACGAGUGACAAGAUACUUCCAGCUAAACUGGACCCUGCUGCAGUGAGUGAUGCCCAGGCUGCAAGGGUUGGAUUACAGCCUGUCCGACACUGGAGAGCCUUUGGGCUGCAGGGCUACCCAGGAUUCAUCUUCAUCUCCAACCCAUUCCUGCUGGACUCCCAACAGUUCUGGGUCAGACAGUGUCUGAAGACCUACCCUCAGAAGCCCAAUGUCUGCAACCUGGACGUGCACAUGUCUCCCUCUGACACCCAGGACAUCUGGGGCAAGAGUGUACAUGGACUCAGUUUGCCUCCUUCUGGAAAGAGAGAACCAAAGACUCUUCUGGAGAGGCUGCGCUGGGUCACUCUGGGCUAUCAUUACAACUGGGAUACCAAGACUUACUCUGCCAACCAUUACACUCCUUUUCCAGUUGAUCUCCACUUGCUGUCCCUCCAAAUAACAGCUGCAUGUGGGUUCCCAGGGUUCAACACAGAAGCUGCAAUCCUCAACUACUACCGAUCUGACUCAUCGUUGGGAAUCCAUGUGGAUGAAUCUGAACUCGAUCACAGCUGCCCGCUGCUGUCAUUCAGUUUUGGACAGUCAGCCAUCUUCCUCCUGGGAGGCAUGUGCAGACAGGACCCCCCCACAGCUAUGUACAUGCACAGUGGGGACAUGAUGGUAAUGUCCGGACAGAGCCGCCUCCUUUACCACGCUGUUCCACGCAUUGUUCCAGCACCUCAGGGACAUACAGCCUCAGUAAUGGGAGGCUGCAGCCUGGCCUCAUCCCUGCAGGACAGCACUGUGGUGGAGCCGGUGACAGAGGAGGACUGGGUGGUGUGCUCCAGGUACAUCCAGAGCUCCAGAGUGAAUGUGACUGUCAGGCAGGUGCUGGGGCCUGGGCAGAGCUUCCCGGAAACAUCCUCUUCUCACCAAAGAACUGAUGCAGGCAAGACAGUGGGGUACCAUGAUGGACCAGCAGAUGGAGCGAGUGGGAAGAGGAAGAGGAGUACUAGCUGUGAAUGCUGAUACUCUAGAGACAUGAAACAAACCAUCUUGCUGUAAAUCUUGGAGACAUGAUGCUGCUUUGCAGUGAUAUUUUAUUACUUGUCCAUACAAGCUGUCUGCAUUCACCCAUCUUCUAUGGGCAAAACCAAAACUCCGAAAGAGCCACUCUGAACAAGCCCCCCCAGCUUUAUAUUGAUUUGUGGUGGAUAUCCCAAAACUUGAGACGCUAUGUAAAACAUAAAACACAAUCUGAUAAUAAUUAUUUAAUCAUUUUUGACAUAUACUAAAUUGAAAACUAUACAAAGAGAAUAUAAUUGUUUUACCUCAUCAACUUCAAUGCCCAAAAAACACAAGGAGAAGGAGAUACAGUAUAUGCAUGUGUAUAGUGAAGCCUACAAGUAGUUCAGCACUUAAAGUCGUUGUCACGGUGUACUCUUGCACAUGGAAGCGGACAUGAAACAAGGCCCUUGACUUUAAAAUGUUGGCUUUUUGUUUGAAGAAUAUUUGACAGUGUUCACAUCCAUGCUGGAUGUUUGGAAGGAGCAUCAACACGUAAUCUCUCAUUUUAGGACAAUUGUUCCAAACAUACAGCCAGUGAAUCGCUGAGUGAUGAGUCAGUCUUGACUUCCAUCUAUCUGCCUCUGUUUCACUGCUGAAAGCCAGACUGAAGGAAAGUAGCCUCACAAUAUGGAAAUGAAUUGUGGAUUGCUGGCUUACAGACCUGUCAGAGCAUCAGCAGUAGGAUGCCAAGCCGAGGUCAGAGACUUCACACAGUCAUUGACACCAUGUAUGUUACAUGACAAAGUUAUAUUAAAAUUAAAAAGCUCAAUAAGAAUGACUACAUUUUGACUCAAUUCAAAAUCCAGUGCGCCAGAGUACAGAGUCAAUGUGACAGUAACAUCUGUCAGUGUACAGAUGCAGUACUUUUCUGUGAAAAUGUGUCUAAAUUUAAGAAAAGUAAAAAAUUCAAAAGUUGGAGAUUAAGGUCUAAGCUUUCUGUAGAGGAAUGUCUACAUUUUUACAUAAUCAUUUUGAUAUAUCAUCUCUACUUAAAUAUUGUGGGGAUACAGAUGUGUACCCCAUUUACACCUGGCAUUAAAAGGCAAUUUGUAUCUGGACAGAAAAAAAAAUGACCUGCACGCAGAACAUGUUGGGAUGAGACUGCGAUCACAUCAGCCAGGCCACAUUACACACAUCAGGCUUGCAAUGUGAUCAGAUCUCGGUCAGGUAUAAAUGAGAUCCAUACAGUGUGACCACAUGCUUAAGAAAACAAUCCACCCUGCAGGUUGAUAAAUCACCUAACUCCACCUUUUUCACUAACUUCAGCAAAACCUCUACAUAAACUACCAGUCAAAAGUUUGGACACACCUUCUCACUCACUGGUUUUUCUUUAUUUUUAUUACUUUCUACAUUGUAGAUUCAUACUGAAGACAUCAAAACUGUGAAGGAACACAUAUGGAAUUAUGUGGUAAAUGAAAAAGGGUUAAACAAACCAGAAUAUGUUUUAUAUUUUAGAUUCUUUGAAAUAGCCACCUUUUGCUUCGAUGACAGCUUUGCACACUCUUGGUAUUCUCUCAAUCAGCAUCAUGAGACAGUCACCUGGAAUGGUUUUCAAUUAACAGGUGUUAAAUUUCAAGAGUUUAUUUGUGGAAUUUCUUGCCUUCCUAAUGUGUUUUAGAACAUCAGUUAUGUUGUGCUGCAGUACAGUUGGUAUACAGUUAACAGCCCUAUUUGACUACUGUUAUAAUCCAUAUUAUGGCAAGAACCACUCAGCUAAGUAAAGAAGAACGACAGUCAAUCAUUAAUCUAAGACAUGAAGGUCAGUCGAUCCAGAAGAUUUCAAGAACUUUGAAUGUAUCCUCAAGUGCAGUCGCUGUGAUGACACUGGCUGGAAGACCGCUACAGGAGAGGAAGACCAAGAGUUACCUCUGCUGCAGAGGAUAAGUUCAUCAGAGUUCCCAGCCUCAGAUAGUGAGGUUACCUUAAUGGCAAGUAAAUGUUCCAGUCUCUGCAAUAGCAUGUGAUGGUCAGUGAUGUUAAAUGCAACAUUAAGAGCUAACAAGACGAGAGCAAAGACAAGUUCUUUGUCUGAUGCAAUCAAAAUGUCAGUUGUAAGGUUGACCUGUGCUGUCUCUGUGUUAUGAUGCACUCUAAAUCCUGACUAGUAAGUCAUACAACUGAUGGCCGUGGCUUUCUCAAAGAUUUUAGGGAGAAAGGGGAGGUUAGAGGUCUGUAGUUGGCUAAAACCCCUGGAUCAAGAGUAGGCUUUUUAAGAGGAGGUUUAAUUACAGCUACUUUAAAGGACUGUGGUACAUAACCUGUUGAUAAAGAGAAGAAAAAAGAGAAAAAUAAUGUAAAAUAAUAUUGGCAUAAGUGCAAAAUGGCAACAUAAAAGAAUUUAAUCAUCAACCAUGAGAAAUGCUACAGUCGUGCCUUGACGGUUUCCCAUUUCAUCUUGGUGGCUGAUGGCUGAAUAUAAUGAAUGCAACAAGUGUUUUCAUAAAAUAUGUUUUAGUUUGAUUUUAUAUUGUUUCUUAUACAUGAGUAAUACCACUUUAUAUCCGUUGUCAUGUCACAUUUGUUUUUUUUAUUGUGGUUAUUAUGAACCAAACCACACCAUUAUAUUGAUAAAAAUAUAUUUAAAUUAAUAUCUGAUAUUUCUUCAGCA